GAUGUUAGAACGAUGCUAAAAAGUCGAUUUCCCCUUUAUAUUUCUAAAAAUCGCAAGAAAAAGAACAAUCUUAGAGCAAGCGAGAGGAACUUUUUUUCCAUUUUUUUAAGUUAUAAGGAGCAGACAAACAAAAGAUCUCGAAGUCUCCGAUUUUGACAAAACUUACGCUUUCUCCCUUUCGUAACCAGCUUACGUGCUCGGCCCAUCAUGGAGCGGAAUAUGUCCACCAAAUCCCGCUUCUCCCGGGACAAAAGCACGACUGAGGACUUUUCGACAAUGGAGAAACAAAAGAAACCAUCUCUUCUUCCACCAAAGAACGGUGACACAUUAUGGGAUCAACUGACCAAGUUCUAUCUGAUUCCGGAGGGCCAUUUUCUUCGAACAUGGAACCGAUUUAUGGUCGUCAUCGCUAUUGUCAAUGCUAUCUUGGCGACCUUUAUGGCCGCUUUCCAGUACCGGUCGGCCGCAGCAUGGGUUGUGAGCUACUUGAUGGAUGUCAUCUUUCUGGCGGAUGUGUACAUCAAAUUUCAUGUUGCCUAUCUGGUCGGCGGUUUCUGGGUUGUCUUUCCCAAGGAGAUGGCCGUCCAUUAUGUUCGAUCGCCAGAUUUCAUCUACGACGUCCUCAUCAACUUCCCAGUGGACUUCAUCGCCUUUGGCUGGUAUGGCAGCGCCGGACCUGCAAAACUGGCCAUCAUCCGUCUCUGGAAGGUCUUGCGGGUAGGGCGAGUCAUGAUUUACUUUAGGCGGGAAGAAAAAAAACUGCACGCCAGCUUCACGAUUCAAGUUGCAAAGUUCGUCUGCUACGCAAUUGUAUUGUCACAUGUGCUAGCAUGUAUCUGGUUUGCGAACGCUUGCUCUGGGGUUAUUGAUUGGCCAAUGGAUAUCACACCCGCUUGUAAGGACAACUCAUGGGUCCUUCGAAGCUUUGAACCUUUUCCAACCGUGGGUCUUGGACAGUUGUACAUCAACAGUUUGUACUGGACAGUCGUUACAAUGACCACUUUGGGUUACGGUGACAUCCGCCCUUCCAACACAUCUGAACGUGUUUUCGCCGUAUUUACCGUCCUCAGUGGUGUUAUUUUCUACGGAUACAUUAACGGUACGAUUGCCUCCACCCUUUCCAACAUGGAUUCCCGCAGGGUGGCAUACCAGCAGCGACUCGACGCUGUCAAGCAGUAUAUGACCGAUCGCGCAAUGGACCCCGACAUGAAGGAACGUGUCCUAAACUACUACGACUACGUUUGGGAGAGAAACAGAGGUAUAGACGUCAGAGGAUUGUUUGUGGACAUGCCAAGUACCUUCAAACAGGAAGUCGCGCUGAGUUUGAACAACCAGAUCAUCGACAACGCUAUCAUUUUCAAAGAAUGCUCCAUCGGCUUCAGGCGAAUGAUCGCAAUAGAUAUGAAACUCUAUCUCUUUACUGCAAAUGAAUAUGUCGUGCACCGGGGCGAUUUGGGACUUGAGAUGUAUUUCAUCACUCAAGGACGAAUCGAUAUUUAUGCAACGGAUGAUUUGCGACGACCAACAGCGUCAUUGAUUGAAGGAGCUUACUUUGGCGAAUUCUGUGUCGUACUCGGGAAUCGUCACGAAUACUCCGCGCGGGCUGUAUGCAAUACCGACAUUUAUGUCUUCACCAAAGAAGAUCUCGAGCGCGCUUUCGCAGCGUACCCUGCCGACAAAACGCUUGUCAAUUCCGCGACCGUAAAACGAUACGAAGCGCACCUCGCUGCAAAGAGGUCACGCGGAGGGGGUGGUCCAGGCAACCGUGCAACGAUGCUUCUCACUGACAUCGAUGAUCUGGAAGAAGAAUUUGGCGUUAAGGGUAGUGUAAUGAAGGGUGAUCAUCCCGUUCACCUUGCUGGUGGAAAAACGGCGAGCAUCCGCGAGUUACAAGUUCUUGAUGGAGAGGCCAUUGGUGCGAAAGCAAAGUCCGAUCAAGUCGACUUGGAGAUUGCACUUCCCGCUUCGGUACAUGAGGAGGAGCAGAAAAGGAAAGAUAGCCUUGGUAAUAAAGGCAGAAGGAUGAGCAGCAGUGGUGCAGGGUAUAUGAUUUUGGACAAAACGAUGGCGACCGCUUUGAGCCACUCUAGCCUCAGUGUGGGUCGAAAAUCCGGUUUACAUCGAUCUCAGCCACAACUCGCUGCACGGUUUUCAGAAAUCAAGUCGAGCCAGAACCUCUCUCCAGAUGUCCCACCCAUAGUUGUCAGAACCCCAUCCGCUCAAAACGAACUCACCGAUAGUUCCCUCGCUACACAAAGCCAAACAGGUUCCUCUGGUGCCUUGAGUGCAUCACGGGCGUCUCUUCGCUCAGAACCUGGUCAAGGAUCCGGCUACUCGCCUCUUGUCCCACCACGGACGAUUAUAGAACAGCCUUCUGGUGAAUUGGACCUUUCCGGGCUGAACCUUGAAAAGAAUGCGGAUAGUGGAAAGGAGCAUAGAGACCCUCUGUGAUAGGAUCUAUAUCAGCGUGUGACAGGAAAAGAGGAAAAGAGUAUCUCCUCUAUGACUUCAGACGUGUUAUCCUGACCAUAUUGCAGAAAAACGAUAGUCUGUAUGUUUUGGAUAAAAAAUGAACGUACUUCAUUAAACGGAGGGUCACGACUGAGCGGGUUGGGUAGGAACAAAAGCAAGAUAAAUACAUCCUCAAAAUACAAUUGUGAAUCAACUGUUACG